UCAUUAACUUAUAAUUAAUGUAUAUAAAAUAAAUAGAAGUGGGUUUGCUGUUUGUGGAAAUGGCCAUGUUCCCCCACCAUAUUUGAACAUAGUGGGUGGGAAGGACAUCUCUCUUCUGUCUAAUCACUUUACAUAUGCUGCUAGAGACCGCUUACACAGUUACACAGAGUGACUUUAAAUGUUUAGAAAGUUCCCAUAGAGACCGUGUCCUAUUGGUCCCAUUAUACUGAAAUUUGCUACGUUUGCUGAUGUAUAAAUGAACCUCUAUGCAUUACUAAGAGUGUAAAUAAUGAAAUUAAUUAUGAAAAUACCAACAAAGUGGAACAAAAUAAAAUCCAAAAUUACAAAAAAAAAGAAUAAAUACACGCCUAGGCAUGACUGGUCCAUAUAUAGCUACAGUAAAGCACUGUCAUAACUGGAGAUGGGGAAAAGAGCUGCAUGUGAUCCCAGAGCAAUCCUCGAGCAAUGGUUAAAAAUGUCAGCUUACAAUAAAUGUUGUAUUCAUGAUAAAAGGAAUAAUAAAACCUUCAUAAUCUUGACUCUUUAAUUAUGUGAUUCUAUUUAUUCAUAUAUCAUAACAAUAAAAUAUUCUAAUUUUAAUGUGCAACGUUUUUACCUCAGCUAUGACCAAAUCCUCUACGCAGUUCCUGAGAAUCUACAACUCUAUUUUUCUUAUCCAGUUCUUGGACCUGACCAUUUUCAGAGGAAUUUUUUUUUAACCACCUAACACUGAUCUAUGAAUCAUAAAAGCGUAAAAGCAUAGAAACAUAAAACAUUUACCUUACUCAGCACAACAGACAACUUAGCAAAAGAACAGUUUAAAAUGGGAUCUUUAGCCACUUUGUCACAAAGGCACAUCAUUUGUUGCCAUUUCUUUUGUUGAAUACAUGAAAAAUUCCCAAGAUAACAGAGUUUGACGGGCAUUAAAUAGCAUUUUUUGGACCAGCUAACUUACUAAUAGCCCAAAACCUGGCAUAUCUCUAUAUGGUGUCGGGUGUGUCCUCAAAGGAAACUGGACAUGCAGAGGACAGAAAAAGAACAAAUUGUUAGUCUAAAAAACAAAACAAAAACAACUGACAGCAGAUGAAUAGUAUUUGAAAGUCAGGCAACGAAGAACGUGAGUGAUGAAUCUAAGUAUGAAAGAUUCAGAUUUUGGUCCAAUUAUUGUCAAUAUGUAUGGAGGAGGUCAAGAAAGAGGUCCAACAGCGAGUCUCUACAGCCAUCUACAAAAACCCGUUGGAGGCUUUAUCAUGGUUUGUUGCUACAUUUCAGGCAGGGUCAUGGGAGAUCCGGUCAAAAUUGAUGGAAUUAUGAAUACAGACAGUCUGAUUUUGAUCCACACAAUGGCAUGCAAUAUCAUUAAGAAAGUGUCUGGUUGGCAUGGUUUAAUUUAUUAAGCACCACAAUGAGCCUAUCCACACUGUCAAUACAGUAAAAGCAUGCCUGGAUGGAAAAACACAUAACUGUCAGUCACGGACUCGCCUCCCCAGAGCCUGGAUGUUAUUGAAUCAUAACAUUAUUGAAUCAGUGUGGGAUUCUUGACAAGAACAGAAUAAAAGGCAGCCAACAUCCCAACAAGAGCUUUUAAUGUCCUUCAAGAAGUGUUUAGACAUAUUACCAUCUCCCAUUUUCCUAGAAAAUGAAAGAAUCGAGGGGUAGGUUAGGACUUUUGCACAGUACUGUCCAUCUGAAUGAGCUGAUUUCACCAAAGCAAAUGCAGGACAUUUGCGUCCCACAACCACAUGAUGUCACAUAAAAUGUAAAUCACAUUUUAAUUGAAAAGUUUGUGCUUUCAUCACAUCCUUUUGUUUUUUGUAUGUUUGUUAGUCAUGCAUCCUAAAACAAGUGCAGCUAAAAUAAGACACAGACGAUCAUGAGGCCACAAUUCACAAAAUCCCCUGUUGUUUAUAGUCAGCCACUUAUAUGUCAUCUACUGUAUCCUAAGAAGAAGAUGUACAGAAAAUAACAACUGACGUGAUGUAUUUAUAAAAAUGAGGCUGACAGUAUUUUCUGCCAAAAAAAUGCAUCUCUUCAAAAUGUCUCACAUUUGAGAAAAACAAACACAUGAUUGCAUAAUUUUGACGCACAGACAUUUCCAUGUAAAUUGAUUUCCAAACGUCUUGGGUAGUGGUCAUUCAGGAAAUAGAACAUGUGUUAUCAAACUAUGAGUUCAAAGGAGAUUCAAACCACAAUCUCUGCAGUUUUACGGACCCAAGCACAUUCUCAGCAGGCAAAGGAGGAAGUUGCUAGGUGCUUUCACAUGAAUCACAUGGAACCGCUGGGGGAAAAAAGUGGUCUCAACACAGUAUAAAUACCCCUCUGAGCUUCUUUGCCACAGUAAACGACUGUGAGCCAACAAGUAUGAUCGCUGUGGUGCUGCUGCUGGCGCUGGCCGCCCAGUCCUCUGCUAAGCCUCUGUCAUCUGAAGACAUUGACAAGCAGCUUUUAGCUGAGAAAUACCUUCGUCGAUUCUAUGGCCUUCCAAGUGGUCUCCAAGGUAGUCGGACGUCGUCAAAUUUCCUUCAAGCCAAGAUCAAGGAAAUGCAGAAAUUCUUCAAACUGGAGGUCACAGGGAAUCUAGAUGACAAUACUUUAGCAGUGAUGAAGGAGCCCAGAUGUGGCGUUCCGGACAUUGGGGAGUACAAUCACUUCCCUCGACACCUCAAAUGGGAAAAUAACAACGUCACAUUCAGGAUAGUGAAUUACACACCAGAUCUGAAGAAAGCAGAUGUAGACAAAGCCAUCCGCAGGGCUCUCAACGUUUGGGCUGACGUUACUCCUCUGACUUUUAAGAAGCUUUACGAGGGCAAUGCAGACAUUAUGAUCAGCUUUGGAUCAAAAGAGCAUGGAGAUUACAACCCAUUUGAUGGGCCUGGUGGACUGCUGGCUCAUGCCUACCCUCCUGGCCAAGGCAUUGGAGGAGACACUCACUUUGAUGAGGAUGAACAGUGGACCAAAGAUUCAUCGGCUUACAACCUGUUUAUAGUGGCAGCCCAUGAGUUGGGCCACGCCCUAGGAAUGUCCCAUUCCACAGACCCAGGCGCACUGAUGUAUCCCAUCUACACCUAUACUACAGGCUACCCGCUGGCUGAAGAUGACAUUGAAGGAAUUCAAGCCCUCUAUGGUCCAAACCCAAAUCCGAAGAAAGUGAAACCAAGGCCCGACGCCCCGAAAAAGUGUGACCCCGAGCUAACUUUUGAUGCUGUCACAGAGCUCAGAGGAGAAACCAUCAUCUUCAAAGACAGAUACUACUGGCGCAUACAUCCUCAGAUGGUGGAGCCUGAAUUGACUCUGAUUAAGUCCACAUGGCCAUCUAUUCCCAACAAAGUAGAUGCAGCUUAUGAGAACCCAGAGAAGGAUUUGGUCAUCAUAUUUAGUGGGAUCCGAAUGUGGGCUUUGAAUGGAUACAACCUUGUGGAUGGUUACCCAAAAUACAUUCAUAAACUUGGUCUUCCCAAGAGUGUCAGGAAAAUAGAUGCAGCCGUGCACAUCAAAGACACUGGGAAAACUCUGCUGUUCACCGAUGAAGACUACUGGAGCUAUGAUGAAACAACAGAAACCAUGGACAGUGGCUACCCACGAUCCAUUGAGGAUGACUUUCCUGGAAUAGAGGAUGAGGUCGACGCUGCUGCUUAUCACUAUGGAUACUUGUAUUUCUUCCAUGAACACCUGCAGUAUGAGUACAGUUACAACUCAAAGAAGGUUUUUCGCAUCCAAAGAGCCAACUCCAUUCUCAACUGCUGAUGAGACGGACCACAGGAUCCAGCGACGACUUAUAUUGAUUUCUAUUAAAGCAGGCUUUGAGAAAUAAGAUACAAACUAUGCACAUUAAUACAUAUCACAAUAAAAUGUGGAAAGACAGCCCAGUGUAUGAGCAGGGAAACUUCAGAGCUUAGAAGGAAGAACUCAACUUUAUAGAGAUUUGUAUUUUAACUAUAGUGCUGGACACAGAAUGCUGGAAAAUUCUAUAGAAAUGUUUUCUCAUAUUUAUUUUACAACAAUAUAUUUGUCCCGACUUUUAUUUUGGAUAUCAGGAUCUUCUUUUUUCUUUGAACGCUUUGUGAACUCAGUAUUUGACCGAACAGUUUUUGUGCUUCCUUUGACUUUUCUCAGUUUUUUAAUUAAUUCAAAUAAAGUUUGAUUAUUGAUGAAUGAA